GCUCAAAUAUCUCACCACUCCCAAAAAUAAGAAACGGAAUAUUUACUCACUAGUUUAGUAGGAGCAAAAUUAUUAGUAUAUAUUCAUUUAUUAGCAUAUGUUAUCUCGUGUCUAGAUCUUUGUAAAAUAUUUUCCAAUACGAAUUUUGCAAGUUGGCAAAAGAGUGUUUAUCUUCACCAGCGGGACUAGGGUUUUGCCUAUCGAAAAAAUCGCCACCACCGGAGAAAACCCUAGCUGAAUAGGGCAAACCGGGAAAUUUCCAUCAGGUUUUGAUUAGGGUUUCCACAGGUAAACACAUAGCAGUAUCAUAGUGGAAAUAAUUUUGUAGUAUUCGAUUUGCAGGUAUUUUUAUAGGUAGAGACAGAAAGGAGAAUCCUUAAGAACAAAUGGAUUAUGAUUACGUAGCCGCUGAACAGAAUUUCUCCGCUUACGGAGUCGACGAACAACAAUCUCACCACCGACAAGGUGGCGGGGAGGAUGAGUAUGAGGAAGAUAACCACGGAGAAGACUACUAUUCCGAACGCGGCGGAGGAGGCGGUGGAAUAGGAGGAGGAGGUGGAGAGUUGGAACCACUGGAUAACAUAGAUGAUAGUACUACUGCAGGCCACGAUUUAAAGCUUUCAGUCGAUGAUUCUUCUGCAGGAAAACUCUUCGUUGGUGGUAUUGCUUGGGAGACUUCUGAAGAAUCAUUUAGCAGGUAUUUCAGCAAGUAUGGUGAAUUAACAGAUUCAGUUAUAAUGAUGGAUAAAAUCUCUGGAAGACCACGAGGUUUUGGAUUUGUAACAUUUGCUGACCCUGAAGUUGCUAAUAAGGUUCUAGAGGAGGAACACAUUAUAGAUGGCAGAACGGUGGAAGUGAAAAGGACAGUCCCUAGAGAGGACAUGCAGGGUAGAGGCGGGGUGUCAAGAACCAAGAAGAUAUUCAUUGGCGGUAUUCCAUUAACCUUGACUGAGGAUGAGUUGAGGGAAUAUUUUUCUGCCUAUGGUAAAGUUGUGGAGCAUCAGAUCAUGCUAGAUCAUAAAACUGGGCGGUCUCGAGGCUUUGGCUUUGUCACCUUUGAGACAGAGGAUGCUGUUGAAAAGAUAUUUACUGAUGGACAAAUGCAUGAACUUGGUGGCAAACAAGUUGAAAUAAAGAAAGCUGAGCCUAAAAGAUCUGGGUUUGAUCACUCAAGUGACAGCAGGAUGCGUCGUGGUGGUAGUAAUUCCAACAAGUCAUAUGGUGGUGGUUAUAGUGGUGGUGCUGAUGGGUUUGGUGGUGGAUAUGGUGGAAAGAUGGGUAGAGGAUAUGGCGGAUAUGGUGGAUAUAGUGGUUAUGGUGGUUAUGGCAACUAUGCAGGAAACUAUGGUGGAGGUGCAGGUUUUUAUGCUGGAUAUGGUGGUUUCGGUUAUGGUUUUGGGUUUGGUGGACCCAUGUAUGGUGGUGCUGGGUAUGGAGCUAGCAGUUACGGGGCUCCUGGCGGUUAUGGUGGUGCUGCUGCUGGCUAUGGUAGUGGUAGAGGAUAUGUAAGUGGUUAUGAUGGUGGUAAAAGUUAUGGUGGCGGUGGCGGCAGCGGUAGUGCUGCAGGAUAUGGCGGCCCUAAAGGUUAUGGUGGCGGAGGUGGCAGCGGUAGUGGUGGCAGUAAGGGAUAUGGGAAUGGUGGUGCAAGUGGGAGGUUCCAUCCUUACCGGAAGUGAACUUUUGAAGAAGUCAGCUGUUAGACGUGAUUUGACUGUUACAAGUUCUGUCAGGGGCUAUAUGUUUGGGGAUGAUGGUUUUAGCUUUUGCUUCUUUACCCACUUAAUUUUGAAUUCAAACAAUUGAUUUUCUUAGACAUGGUUGUCUUUUGUUGUGAGAACUUCUUUGUAGCCGAAUCUGUAGGGCAAGUAAUUGCUGCUCCAUGAUUCUUACUUGUGAGAGAAUCAAAUGGUAUCUGUUUCAUUGGAAUAUUUUUGACAGACAUAAAAUUGAAUGAUUUUCUUUUAAACAUUAGAUAGAGCAUCGGAUCCCAUGGUGAGGCUGUUUCAAAGAAUUUGGCAUUGUUUAA